UAAAUGUUGCGCCGCAAGAUGUUAUUAGUGCAAUUAGCAUUAGUAAAGGAAAUAGUUUUGGUCCUAUGGAUUUCGAUUCCCAAGAAGAAAUUUUUAUUUCAGACUCCUUUUUAUAAUUAUUUUUAUUCUCAUUUACUUGUACUGGCUUUUUAUUCCCAACUUCAAUAGAAUUUAAAUUUUGCUGUGAGGGUCCUGCCGAAUUUUGAGACCCGGUUUGUAGAUUACGA